CUCUCUCUCUCUCUCCACACUCUCCCAUCCAUCCAUCUCCUCCUCCAACGGUCGACAAAGGAUCCAAAUUCUCCAAUCCCUCACCACUCCAAAAUGGCCUCUUCUCUCACGAGCUCUCCUCCUCUCCAUGGCGCCUUACUCUUCAACGGCUCCGCGGCCUCUCCAUCUUCUUCUCAGAGCAAUCUGGUCGGCGCCAAGUACUUUUAUCAGGAGCAAUUGCUGCCUCUGUAUUUCUAUCUCGUGUUAAUUCAGCGUCAUUUGCAGCAGAGGCUAAGAAAGGAUUCAAUGCUGUGUCGGACAAGAAGGAUGGGUACUCAUUCUUAUACCCAUUCGGAUGGCAAGAAGUUGUUAUUCGAGGGCAGGACAAGGUUUUCAAAGAUGUUAUUGAACCCUUGGAAAGUGUCAGUGUAAAUAUGGUUGCCACUACCAAGCAAGAUAUUAGGGAUCUUGGAAACCCACAAGAGGUGGCUGAGGCUUUAAUCAAGAAGGUAUUGGCACCUCCCUCGCAAAAAACAAAGUUGAUCGAAGCCUCUGAGCAUGAUGUUGACGGGAAAGCUUAUUACACCUUCGAGUUUACGGCCCAAGCUCCAAACUUCACUAGACAUGCACUUGGUGCAAUUACUAUUGCAAAUGGCAAGUUUUAUACAUUGACGACAGGAGCCAACGAACGGAGAUGGGAGAAGAUGAAGGACAGGCUGCACACUGUCAUCGAUUCUUUCAGAAUCGACGAAACGAGAACACAAAAGACAUAAAAAGAUGGAGAAGUUAUAUCCUAUGACAUCCAUGUGUUCUUUUUGGAGAUUCCAGUCAUAGAGUUUGAACUAAUAUAUCUCGGAAAACGUAACUCGCGCUUGCUUUGGCUUAUUAUUACAAAGGAUAAUUUGUGAAUUUGUUCAUUGUUCCCUUGUAAAGAUCCUUUUGUUAAAGGAGAUCUCAUUUGUUAACCAAUUUAUUAUUAUUAUUAUAUUAUCUUUCAUACUCAGUGUUUCA